AAACUACAAAAGCCAACCGUAAACCUAUAUUGGACCUCCACUUUUCCUUCACCUCUCGGCUUUUAACCUUGAAAGUCUUGCCACCGCCCCCGCUGCUAACUUGCUCUCUUUCCAUCUGUUCCUGCAGCUAACUCGGUCCCCAGUUUUUUUUUUUUUUUUUUUUGUUUAUCUGACAGAAUCAAAGAGACAAGAAAGAAAAUGGGGAAAGUUUCUUACAUGAAGCUGAAGGGAAGCCAGAACUUGAGACUACGUCUUUUACUGGCUACCCUUUCAUCCAAAUCGAUUAUUAUUGAAGAUAUACGUGCUGAUGCUACUUGGCCUGGCCUUCGUCCACAUGAGGUUUCUUUUCUCCGCCUCCUUGAAAAAGUCUGUGAUGAUUGUGUUGUUGAAAUCAAUGAAACCGGUACAAAACUAAAGUACAAACCAGGAAUUAUUAUGGGAGGAAGGCAUUUGGUUCAUGAUUGUGGUGUCAGUCGCUCCAUUGGCUACUUCUUGGAACCCUUGAUUGUGCUUGGUUUGUUUGGAAAGAAAUCACUAUCCAUUAGGCUGAAAGGGAUCACAAAUGAUUCAAAGGACCCAUCCAUUGAUACUUUUCGAUCAACGACUUUACCUAUACUGAAGCAGUUCGGAGUCCCUGCAGAAGGAUUGGAACUAAAAAUUGAGAGCCGGGGAGUCGCUCCUAAAGGUGGUGGAGAAGUAGUUCUUUCAGUCCCUAUGGUCCCGAAUAGUUUAAAGGCUACUAAAUGGGUUGACGAAGGUCUGGUGAAGAGAAUCAGAGGUGUUUCCUUUUCAACUAGGGUCUCUGUUCAGUUUGAGAAUACCAUGAUACAUGCAGCUCGUGGAAUUUUGAAUCCUUUGCUUUCAGAUGUUCACAUCUUUACAGAUCACAAAGCUGGAGCACAAGCCGGAAUGUCACCUGGCUAUGGAAUUUCUCUAGUUGCAGAGACAACAUCUGGUUGUGUUAUAUCUGUCGAUACUGCAGUUUCUUAUGCAAGAGGAGAAGAUGAUAAUGACUUAGAUGAUGACCGGAAAGAUCUGAUUCCUGCUGAGGAAGUUGGCGAGCAAAUUGCUUCUGCCCUACUUGGGGAAAUUAAACAGGGGGGAGUAGUUGAUUCAACACAUCAGGGACUGCUGUUUCUUCUAUGUGCCUUGUGUCCAAAAGAUGUUUCAGACGUUCGCGUUGGGAAGUUGUCACCCUACGGAAUAGCAGCAUUAAGGCACAUCAGAGAUUUUUUGGGUGUUAAGUUUGUCAUGAAACCUGAUGCCUCCACAGGAACUGUCAAUCUCAUGUGUCUUGGCUCUGGUUUUCAGAAUUUAUCCAGAAAAGUAUCAUGAUAAAUUAAUGGUGUCUGUGUUUGGUGGCUUAGAGUGACGGCUAGAUCAACAUCUUUGGGAUGCCUUGUGGAGUGAAAUCAAGCAUACUUUAUCAUAGGCGAAAUUUUUUGUUGUGGUUUGCUGCUUGUAAUGAGAGAGUGAUAUAGGAAGCAAAUGUGGAGAUCACAUUUGCUCAUCUCCUUGUUGCGUUGAAACUUUUGGUGUCAAGAGUUCUAAUUCACAUGUAUUUGAAGAUUCCUCA